AUUAAAACUGAUAGUUUUAAUAGUGAGGCUUCCAAAUCAAAACAAUGCACGUAACAACAAUCCACAAAACGUUACAAAACAAAUCAUAAACAAAUCAAUCGAUUUCACUUUCCGAUUUUUUGACUUUGUUUAUGCUGAAUUAUGAUUGGCGAGUCGUUCUCCCUUUCUUAUCUAGACCAAUCAGUGAUCGGCUCUUUUUGACAGUCAAGAGAAAACAAAAAUAAAAAUACCUACUACAAUUUUCUUCAUGUGAGCUACUCUGCCUUGUUCGAUUUCUUGGUUUUUAACGAAAUUGAUCGCGUUUUCUUCUAAAAACAAUUGAUUCAAAGGCUUCUUUCUGUACAUGGUGCAUCAUUAUCGUCAGAUCGUGGUGAACGUGACAUAUUGGCGACGAAUUAUGUUGAAAAACAAGUGUGACGUCACAAUUUUUAUCAGCUGAGGAGUCGGGUAGUGCAAGGAAGGGUCGGAACAAAACAAACAAUAUGGGAGGCGCCGUGAGCUCGGGCAGGGAUAACAACGAGUUGAUCGACAACUUAGUGAGCAGCAACUACAUCCGGUCACGGGAUGUGGAGCGAGUGUUCAGGGCGCUGGACCGCGCGGAUUACAUGACGCGGGAUGCUCGGGACCAGGCCUACAAAGACCUGGCGUGGCGGCACGGCCCGCUGCACCUCUCCGCGCCCUGCAUCUACAGUGAAGUGAUGGAAGGCCUGGAGCUGUCCCCGGGGCUGUCGUUCCUGAAUGUUGGCUCGGGUACAGGCUACCUCAGCACCCUGGUGGGGUUGAUCCUGGGCUCCAGCGGCAUCAGCCAUGGGGUGGAAGUGCAUCCCACGGUGGUUGAAUACGCUAAUAAAAGGCUCGGACAGUUCAUAGAGAACUCUCCAGUUCUGGAUGAAUUUGAUUUUUGUGAACCUAAAUAUUAUCAGGGCAAUGGACUGUGCAUAGCACCAUUGGGAGCACCCUAUGACCGGGUUUACUGCGGUGCCGGAUGCCCAGAGGAGUACCAGAAUUACUUCAAACAGCUCAUCAAGGUGGGUGGUAUUCUAGUGAUGCCCCUGAACGACAACCUUGUUCAGGUGAAGAGAGUUGGCGAGUCGGAGUGGACAUCGCGCAGCGUCCUUAACGUUUCGUUCGCGACGCUGCGCGUGCCCACGAAGGAGGAGGCAGGGGAUCUUAUUAGAUUGGAAGAACAGUGCCCCGCGCGUCUCCAAACCCUCUGCCGCGGCAUGGUCCGCUCGGCGCUCCGCGGCGGCGUGUGGCGGCGCCACCCCGAGCUGCGCGCGCCGCCGCCGCGCCCGCCGCCCGCCAAGAAGCCGUGCCCGAGGCGGAUCUGUAUACCUAUUGAGGACGAGAGUGACGUCGAGGGCCUAAACGCACUACACGACCUAGACCGCAACGGCGGCGCGGGCGAGAUGAACGCAUUACUGUCCCUGGUGUUGAGCAUGGGCCCGUCCCGUGUCGCCGGCGCCUUAAGGUUCGACGCGCCCUCGGACGACACCUCAGACGACAAUCCUGAUGACUCCACCGAUCAGCGGGCGGACGACGCCACCCCGCCGCGCUCCCCCGGCUCGCCGCGCGGCGCCUCCGAGCCGGGCGCGGGCGGGGCGGGGGGAGGGGCGGGGACGGGGGGAGGGGCGGCGGCGGGGGGAGGCGCGCGCGCGCGCUCGUGGGGCCGCGCCGAGCGCCGCCCCUGCCGCGGCAUGCUCACCUUCGAGCUGCGCGACGACGAGAGGCCCAGGGCGCAGGCCGAUGACGCUGGCGCUCAACCGGAACCAGUCCCAUCAGCCAGCAGAACACAGUCCACCCCGGCAGACGCCGCUGACAAACCCCUCGACGAAGACGGCACGCCCGAACGCGACACGAGAAGCGACGGCGACAUAGACAGGACGCGCGACAGGAGCCAGACGCGCGACAGCGACAGGACUUCUCAGUCACAGACGGACAGACAGGACAGGCCAGGACAGGGGAGGGACAGGCGCAGGCGGCGCAGGGACCCACACAGCGACGAUGACCAGGAUGAGAUGCCGGCUGAGGUCGAGAUAUACUUGGGGAAGAUGGGCGGUGGCGAAGCCACGACGUCCCGGGAGAUGGACUGGGACGCGGACGAGGAGGAAGUCGAGGACGACGAACCGGAGGAGGACACCGAGACCGAGCAAGCGAGCCUCGAGGCCGACGGCGAGGCCGAGGCCGGCUCCUCGGCCAGCGCCGACAAACCGCCGCGGCAGAAGCUAGAUAGUGGCAUAGGUGAAAUGACGCCUUCAGCGGAUUCCUCCCCGAUCAGCACGGGCUACGAGGCCGGCAGCUCUCGCCGCUCCGGUCAGGAUUCUGACACCGGCUCCAGGACUACAGGCCGCCGCCGCCGCCAAAAGCGCCACUUCACCCGGCGCUCCUCGGGCUCCGGGGACUCCGGCACGUCGGACUCGUCCACCGGCCGCCGCCACAAGCGACGCGCGUCCGACGGCGGCGACGCGAGGCGCGUACGACUCUCUAUACUUAUGAAAAGAUCGGUCAAAGAGCUGCCGUUACCUUACGCCCUUAAAAAGUACGUUAAUCUUGGCCGUUGCUUCGAAUUUUAAGUAUAAAUUUACCGAAAACACGCUCGAUCUACUAAAUGUUAUAUGCUAAGAAAGUUAUCAGCAGCUGUUUUGAGUUAAGGCACUACUAAAUACAUACCACCAUCUUCGAGAAAAGUACUAAAACAGAGC